AAACCCAUUUCUCUGUGUUUUACUCUGAUCUUCUGAAGGUAUGGAUAUAGAAAGUGUUGAAGAAGGAUCAACAACUAGGUCUCUGAUUAUUAAAGAAAAACCUAAAGCACAUGGAAAUGGUGAUGACGAUGGAGGCAGAGGUGUUGGCGGCCCGGAGAGUGGUGGCUCAGCUACAGCAGUGGUUGUGCUCAGCACCUUGGUGGCUAUCUGUGGUUCUUAUGAAUUUGGUGCUGCUGUGGGAUAUUCAUCACCUGCAGAGUCUGGAAUCAUGGAUGAUUUGGGCCUCUCUGUGACAGAGUAUUCAUUCUUCGGCUCAAUAAUGACAAUUGGAGCAAUGAUAGGUGCUGUGACAUCUGGGAAAAUAGCUGAUCUCAUUGGUCGGAGGGGUAUAAUGAGGCUUUCAGCACUACUCUGUGUCCUGGGAUGGUUUGCAAUAAUGUUCUCAAAGGGUGCUUGGUCGCUUGACCUUGGAAGGCUGUCAAUAGGAUGUGGCGUUGGGCUUAUUUCUUAUGCGGUACCAGUAUAUAUAGCUGAGAUAUCACCUAAGAAUCUUCGAGGAGGAUUUACAGCAACUCAUCAGUUCAUGCUAACUAUUGGUUCAGCACUGAUGUAUUUUAUUGGAACUUCUGUCAAUUGGCGGAUAUUAGCAGCAAUAGGAGCUAUUCCUGCGGUAGUACAGCUUGUAGGUCUCUUCUUCAUUCCAGAGUCCCCUAGAUGGCUGGCAAAGAUUGGCCGAGAGAAUGACUGUGAAGCUGCUCUAAGGCGCCUUAGAGGAGAAAAAACUGACAUUUCUCUGGAAGCAGCUGAGAUUAUAGAUUACACAGAAACCAUGAAACAGCUCUCCGAGGGUAAGAUUCUAGACUUGCUGCAGUGGAGAUAUGCCCAUUCACUUGUGGUCGGAGUUGGGCUGAUGAUACUGCAACAAUUUGGAGGGUGCAAUGGGAUUGGGUUUUAUGCAAGUUCUAUAUUUGUAUCAGCUGGUUUUCCAUCUAAGAUUGGGACUAUAGCCAUGGCAGCUGUUCAGAUUCCAACAACAAUAAUGGGUAUAUUCUUAAUGGAUAAAUCUGGAAGAAGACCACUUCUCUUGGUUUCUUCAGCAGGAACAUGCUUGGGUUGCUUCCUUGUAGGGCUGUCAUUUUUAUUGCAGGACUUCAACCAGUGGAAGGAGUUGACUUCCAUCUUAGUGCUUGUUGGUAUGGUGGCAUUUAAUGCAUUUUUCGGAAUAGGAAUGGCAGGAAUACCGUGGCUUAUAAUGUCAGAGAUAUUCCCAAUAAACAUGAAGGGCUCAGCUGGAAGUCUUGUGUCUUUAGUCAACUGGUCAUUUUCUUGGAUUGUCACCUAUGCUUUUAACUUCAUGAUGGAAUGGAGCUCAGCAGGAACAUUCUUCAUAUUUGCAAGUAGUGGUGGAUUAACCAUUCUGUUUGUCGCUAAGCUAGUCCCGGAGACCAAGGGAAGAACACUUGAAGAAAUACAGGAAACCAUGAACCCAUUUUCAGCAACAGAAUAAGCUGUAUAUCCAUCCUUAUUCGGUGAUAAAUUCCCGUGCUACAAUCUGUCAUCUUGUAUACUUCAUGCUAAGGCCUCUUUAACUUCAUGGUUCAAUUACUUGACAUUCUUCACUCCAGCCACAAGGUUGCAGGUUCAGACCAAUUUGGAAUGAAAUUCAACAAAUACUCUGUCAUUCCUUGAAUCAUACAAAUUGAAUCAACUUCUUAGAUUUCAUUCCAAUCAUA